CUUACAGGCAGCCAGGCAGGCGCCAGGCAGGCUUGUGGCUGCCUGAUGAAAGCCGCAGUCCAAGGAAUAAUCUUAAAACAAGCACCAGACCUUGUAUAGUCAAAUUCACGUUUCUACUUUACAUUAUAACAGACUUGAAAGGUACCAGUACAGAUGAGCUUUUCCGAUCUCCGGGUGGCUUCUGUCCAUCCGGAGCGCGGCGCGAUAGCGUGGGAAAGCGCUUACACCGCCAAGCUAACUAUUGUCCGAGCUGGGGACGCCGCGCCUGUCAUCUGCCUUCAAAAUCAAACAACCGGCAGCACGCUAAUGCAGAGUGUGCUAACAGCACGAACGGUAUGGCGAGCCAGCUCGGCGCUGUUCUUCGUGAGUCCGCUGCCGGGCGCGGCGGGCGGGCCGCUGUACGCCCUGCAGGCCGCCUCGCGGACAGCAGCGGAGCAGAUGCAAGCGGAACUGGAGGCGGCGGUGGCGGGGGCGGGGGCAGCAGCAGGAGGGGGCGCGCAGGAUGAGGAGGAGGGGGGAGCUGCAGCCCGAGGGAGAGCUGCUGCCGCGGCAGAGGCGCUCCCAGCGGGUGGUACGGCAGCAGCAGCAGCAGCGGGUCCGGGUCCGGGUCCUGCCUCCCCGCUGCUGCCGCCGCCCUCUCCCGGGCCCGGCAGCGGCGCGGCGGGUGGAGCAGCAGGUGGAGCAGCAGCAGCAGCGGCCGAGGGGGCGGCAGCACAGGAUGCAGGUGGCAGAGGAAGCAGCGGACAGGGCGCGGGUCCCGGGCCGCCGGACGGCCCCCCUCGCAGCCCCUACCACCAAGGCAACGGGGUAACAGCAGCAGCAGCCCCCACAUCCGCAGCAGCAGCCCCCGCCAGCCAGUCCCAGGACAAGGAAGCGGGCAGGGGGGCCGCUGCCGCUGCUGCCGCCACUGCUGCUGCUGCCGCUGCCGUCAUCGGACCCCCCGGAGGCGAAGGCGGGGACCCUGCCGCGCCCAACGCCUUCGACCGCAAGAUCUGCCGCGCCUCCUCCGACAUGUACUUCCACUACUAUGGCAUGCUGCAGCACCAGCAGAACAUGCUGCAGGACUACGCCCGCACCGGCGCCUACUACCAGGCUAUCCUGGGCAACCCAGAGGACUUCCGCGGGCGGGUGGUGCUGGACGUGGGGGCGGGCAGCGGUAUCCUCUCGCUCUUCGCGGCGCAGGCGGGCGCGGCGCGGGUGUAUGCGGUGGAGGCGAGCGGCAUGGCGGCCUUCGCGGAGCAGCUGGCGGCGGCCAACCCGGAGCUGGGGAGCAGGAUUCGGGUGGUGCGGGGCAAGGUGGAGGAGAUCAGCCUGCCGGAGCGUGUGGACGUGCUGGUGUCGGAGCCCAUGGGCACGCUGCUGGUGAAUGAGCGCAUGCUGGAGAGCUACCUGUUUGCGCGGGACGCCUUCCUGAAGCCGGGCGGCAAGAUGUUUCCGCAGCUGGGCAGGAUACAUGCGGCCGCCUUCUCCGACGCGGUGCUUCACGCGGAGGUGGGCGCCAAGUCGGCCUUCUGGCUGCAGAGCGGCUUCUUCGGAGUGGACCUCACCUGCCUGCAUGCGCCCGCCACACACGGAUACUUUGGACAGGUGGUUGUUGACGCGUUCGACCCGGCCCUCAUCGCCAGCAGCUGCACCACUCGGGUGCUGGACUUUGGCAGCAUGCGGGAGGGGGAGCUGCUGGAUAUCGACAUGCCGCUGCAGCUGGUCACGGGCCCGGUGGCGCCGGUCACCAUACACGGCAUCGCAUGCUGGUUCGAUGUGUUCUUCGCCGGCUCGCAGCAGCCCAUGUGGCUCACCACCGCCCCCGGCAUGCCCACAACACACUGGUUCCAGCUGCGCUGUGUGCUGCAGCAGCCGCUCCACAUCCCCGCCCCGCACACCCGCCUCUCCGGACGCCUCAGGCUGCAGGCGCAUGCACGGCAGUCGUACGACAUAUCCCUCACCCUCACCGCGCCGCCGCUGCAGCCCGGGCAGCCGCCGCAGACCUCCGCCGGCAGCUUCGACCUGAAGGAGCCCUACUACCGCCAGCUGGUGCCGUACGGGGCGGCGGCGGUGGCGGCAGCGGC